GCCGCUUUGUGCGCCACACAGAUGCAAACUAAACGGACAUUGGAGCACCAACGAGGGGACUGUCCUGCCGCAACUCUCCUGCUUUCUCCUGCCUUCUCCUGCCGAGGAAACUAAGCUGAAUUUGUAGUGACACAGAGGCUUCUCCACUAGCUUUGCUGUUCUGUUGUGUUUACGGAAUGUUGAGUGGAAUAUAACCUGAAAGUUCCCCGUCGCUCGGGCCGUAAAGAAAGGCUGAUCCAACAGUAAGAUGAAACCAGAGCUGGAGGACCAGAAUGGCUGCACACACUAAACACCUGGAAUUAUACUUUCUUUGACAACAUCUCAUACGAUUGCCAAAGUAUCCUGGAAGGAAGUCCAUCGAACUCCUCCAGAACCUAGUUUCAUUUCUUUCUGUGGAUUAUAAGUAAGAGACUGCCAUCAUGCCGAUUCUCAAACAGCUGGUGAACAACUCUAACCAGUCAAAGCGGCGGUCUCGGGCUGACCUGACCGCAGAGAUGAUAAGCGCUCCGUUGGGGGACUUCCGCCACACCAUGCACGUUGGCAGGGGAGGGGAUGCCUUCGGGGACACUUCAUUUCUCAGCACCCGAUCAGGGGAACCCCCCAGGGAGCCGGAAACAAAGCAGGGCUCCCCGGGCCCCAAACCAGGGCUGCUGUCGCGCACCUUCAGAAGCAGCAAGCGCUCUCAGUCAGUAAACCGGGGGGACAAGUAUGAGUACAUGAUGGCGCCUUCUGGUGGCUCGUCCAACUACGUGAAAAAUGCCAUAUCCCUGCCUUACCUCAACGACGAGGACACUAACAGAGGACACCAACUGCCGAAGAGCGUUUCCUCAAGCCCCAUGAAGAGGCUGACGGAGAUCGAAAGCAGGCCCGUAAACGGAGCAGCAGCGAUGGCGACGUUGGACGCGGAGUUCGACGAGCGCAAUUUCGGCGAACUCACAGAUUUGCCUCCAUCCAUGCCUAAGGGAGGCGGAAUGAAGCACGCCGAGUCUAUGAUGUCCUUCCACAUUGACUUGGGGCCCUCCAUGCUCGGGGACAUCUUGAGCGUCAUGGAAAAGAAGGGCUGGGAGGAGGACGACCUCGGCUACGAAGAAGGCAAGGGUAGCGAGGGCCGCGCGUCACCCUCCCAUAUUCCCCAGAUAGAUGAUGACGUGGAGGAGCAGGCCCCCGCCAGGCCCCCUCGCAGCAUGUACCAGCAGAAGGCCACGGUGGACCCCUACACCCCGGAGCUACACACCAGGAACAACCACCACAACCUGGACAGCUGCUCUGUGUCCAGCUCCGGCUCAGCCCCUGAGGAGAAGGCUCAGUACCACCUCCACGACGGCGACACGGACAGCGCGAAGUACAGUUCGCCCCGCGGGGAGGAAGAUUUCACCUUCAUGGAUGACGACGAUGAUGAUGAGAUUCGAGUGUAGGUUAAAUCGGUACCACUGCCACCAUCAGUCUUGAGGGACACUAAUGGAGAAGAACAUUGGGAGGCUACCACAAGCUGGGAAAGGCGAGGGAGGGAGUUAGAGGCAGGGCCACAUCUGCUUUAAGCUUCUUGUAGAUCAAUCUAAUCUCUGUACACUUUGUUCAACAUCAUAAAUAAAACCAAUUAAGCCUUAUUCACUGUGCUGUAGCGAGGAGAUGUGAGCUGAGUGCAAACAGACUGGCUCACAAGGUGGGACUCUUCAAAGGUUUGGGUUGUUAAUUGCUGCACAUGUUUGCAACAUUAGUCUUAUUAUUAUUGGGAAAUUCACCAAGUUCAAAUAAUACUGGCUACCAUGUUCCGACCUUGUCCUUCACAAAGGUGCUUUAACGAAGAGGAAGAGAAAGCAGCAAGCCGCUGGUUACGAGCGUCAUACUCGUUUUAAUAAUUAAAGGGUGGCCAUGAGGUUAGAGAACUCUAAACUCAGCUGUCAGUCACAUGAAUAUCACAUUUGGAGGUGUGAUGUGUGAGGAGAAGGGUGUGCGAUGUCACAAACAUGGUGUGUGUGUGUACUACAGAUUCUGAACAAGGAAGAGGGAAAAGGACAAGAAGUGAAACUGAGAUAGCUUUGUGUAAUCCCCGUGUGUGUGGGAGUGAUCAUGGAGCUUCAUUUGCCAAUGACAAUGUUUUGGCAUAGACACUAAAUAGAUAAAGUAGUUAUUACUUUUGUCCACUUCUGACUUUAAGGGGUGAUCUUUGCUAUUUUUUUUACUUUUAUUUUUAUGUACAUACUGUAUCUGGAAGUUGGUCUACGGUUGUAGAGUCUGUUGUGUUUUGAGUUUGGUAGUUCAUUAUAUUAGAAUCAUUUUGCUGCUCUCUCUCUUCGGCAAGGUUUUAAUACUUUAAAUUCACAGACAGCUGUGGUAUUUAUUCAUUAAUUUUUCAUAAGGGAUGGAUCAUUCUUAAUGCACUGUCUUGAUUGAUAAGUUUUGAUUUGGGGUUUCUGAUAUGUUUAAGUUCUCACAAAAACGUCUUAAUGGUACUACAGAGUGAGCUAGCUUAUUUUCCGUGGAGUUUUGCUACAUGGCACUUAAUUAUGCUUAAUUAUUGGACUCAAGUAGACAUAAAACUGUCUGUCACUGUCACGGUAAGACAAAUGAAAAUGUGAAUUGUCAAAAAAAAAAGAGGCCUUUUGUAUGUGUUCUGUGUCCUGUACUGUUUUAAACACCAGGACAGACGUGGUGAUUGUGGCUAAACGUGUGUCUUUGUGCGCCGUCACAUCUUAUUCCACAUCAUUACUGAGGUCGGUAGGGUUAGCAGGUCAGCAGGGAGGCAUAAGAUUGAAAGGGAGUCGCCGCAGCAGAAAAAUGCUUACGGUUAAAUUAAUAGUUACGGCUCUAUCCAUCACACCUCGUCUCUUUGGACGUGUUCACGCUUGUCUCUUAGGGAAGAGAAAGGAUGUAAAAACAUGUACCGAGUGUCAUUAGAGCGCAGCUACUUAAUAGAUGGGCACCAGGUAUGUCUUCGGGGCAGUGAGAGCGGCAGAUAUUACCUGAACUGGCCCCACAAGUGAUAAUAUUCCACUCCUCUACACAACCCCAAAUCACACAGUAGGAACAGAUGAUUAAAUCAACCAAUCAUCUGGCCUUUCCCAGUCUACUCAUUAAAUGUGCUGGAUUAUUGGCCCCAGACCAGCUGGAACUGCUCCAGGAACAGCAGGGUCAGGGACAGACAGGUGGGCUGUUUCUCUUUUUCUUUUUGUGUUCAGUUUGCUUUGCAGCGCGGGCUCACUCAGUAGGCUCCUCCAGGUUACUUUCAGUUAUAAAUAAGGCAGAAGGAGUAGGUGUACUCUCCUCUCUGGUAUCCAUGAUUAAUGUCUGACCUUUUUUAUUUUGUGUUGGAAAACUAAUUGCCACGUUUGACAAAUGGGAGCUUUGAAUUUCCUGUUGUGGCAUUGAUGCAGGGGUGUGUACAUAGAAUCAGGAUGCUGUGCCAUUCUGCCUUGGGUUGUUUUAAAGUUUUGGAACCGUGUCCACACUACGAGGCUGCAAGAAGUUCUGAAAUUAAAAGCAAUCUGGACGAAAUUGCCAAGUAUGUUCUAACCAUGUUUUUGGGUAAUGUUAGCAGGAUGUUGGAUUUUGUUUAUUGUUUACCUAUGUAUAGAUACGCAGUAUGAUUUGAGUCAGACCUCUUUCAUAUUUUGAUGUAAAUGGCCAAAUUGUCAUCAUGUCUUUUAUUUCUAUUGAUCCAGUGUGCAAAAUAUUGUUUGUGGAUUGUUUGGGCAACUGCAAUCCUUCAUGUUUAUCACUAAGAAAUGGACACUUAAAAGAAAAGAACAAAAACACUCCUUAUCUGCCGUUGUUUUAAUCAAGCUGACAUGUUUUAAUGUAAAUAUAAUUUGUGCCAUCGGUGAUUACAGUAAACAAUCCUUGUUGUCAGAAGUGUGACGGUGUGUUCAUAGCGUGAGAAGCAGAAGAAUGUUAGUGGCUCUAACACUUAAUAGCACAUUUGUGGCCAAAUUGUAUUUGCAAGUACGAUUUAAAGUGUUCCACCAAUAUGGCAACCCAGACUGGUGGAAUUUGGAAGAGGUAAAUAGAGAAUUAUGGAAAAGUAUACUAAAUUACACUGAAAUACUUUCUUGUAAUUGUCUUAACUUUCUGGCAUUUGUCGUGUUUCUCUGUGGGAAACUGCUAUGUAGGCCAGAACAAACCAUGUAAAGGAAUUUGCAAAUACUUUCUGCCUCAGGUCUGUUUAAAAGUUUCCUGUACCCUGACAGAAGUGUUUUGGUGAGUGGCAAAAAAAGAUAAGGACUGCGAAACACAACUGGCUCAAAGUUCAGCUGUAGAAUGUUUUCUUGUUUUUCUAUUCAGUGGCUGUAGUGUUAAUGCCAAGUAUGUACUGUUUUCCUUUCCUAUUUCUUAUUCUGGUUUUACAGUAUAUUAAUAUAUUUACCUUCCUCACUUUCCUGUCUUUGAAAUAACAGCUAUAUUUUUCAAUAAAAGAGAAAGCUGGUAAUCUUUAA